CGAGCAUAUAUCACCCCUGUGCCGACGUAAGACGUCGGCGAGGGUCUGCGUGGAUAUAUAAGAGUUCUUCGACAGCCUCUCGUCGAAGCAUCUCUCCUCUCCUCGCCAUCGCGGACUCCCAGCACACUUUCACAUCUACACCGUCGCUACAACAACCACAGAGAAACCCCCCCCCGCAAACUCCUCCUCCCAACUCCCGUCUCACCCACGAUGCGCCCCGCCGCCUUCCUCCUCGCGGCGCUGUCCGCCGCCGGCAGCGCGCUCGCGUACGCGGGCGACAUGACGUACUACACGCCGGGGCUGGGCGCGUGCGGGAAGUACAACAAGGAGAGCGACCGGAUCGUGGCGCUGUCGCCGGCGCAGUACGGGCGGGACGCGAACCCGAACAAGGCCAAGGUGUGCGGGCGCAAGAUCAGCAUCCACUACCAGGGCAAGACCGCCACCGCCACCGUCGUCGACAAGUGCCCCGGCUGCGCCAGCGGCUCCAUCGACGUCAGCCCCGCCGUCUUCCGCCAGCUCGCCCCCCUCGACAAGGGCCGCGUCCGCGUCACCUGGGGCUACGCCAGCUCCGCCGCCGUCAAGGUCGAGGAGCUCGGCGCCGGCCAGGUCCGCCUCCUUCUCGAGGACGACGAGGGAGAGGACGAUGGUGAUGUCGUGCUCCCGCCCGUCUCCCGCCCCGCCGACGAGUACGACAGCGACGACUACGACGACGGCGACGAGCUGUGAGCGGGAAAAGCGAGCGCCCGCGAAGGGUCGCCGCCAGGAAGGAAAAGAAGAAGAAGAAGAAGAAGUGGCCGGAGGUGGU